AUGAUCUAUCCCUCGAUCGAAAGACCAUCAUCAUAUGAAAGAACGGAACAACGACGCCAAUAUUACCAUGGGCUAGGAGCUGGAAUGGGCCAGUCCACGUCGCGACCGAAAAGGCAGCAGCCCGAGGAGGAAGGAGGAUGGGGCCUUUUCCACCACGGCUCCGACACAAUCUCUGCGCCCAAGGGGACGGGGCCACAGCAGCAGCAGGGGCAUGAUAAAAACUUGGCUCCCAGGGACUCCGUCCCGCAGAACACAGAUGAUGAUGAUGCUCCUGGGAACGAUGUGACGCCGCAUUCUCCUCUGUCUCAAGUCGAAAGCACGGCUCUGGAAGACGAACACGACAUUGAUCCCAGCGCGUCGCACGUGUCCGAUUCCGCGCGGGGCGAACAGAGCGAGAGAAGCAAGGGCGCUGAUGAGGAAGCAGAUCGUGACAUCGUCGAGACCAGUCCGCAAAGGGAGACCCCAGAUCCUCAGCCCGACAGCUCUGGAGAAGAGACCGGAAAGGUCGAGACAUCGGAGCCACGCGAUGAAACCGAGCAAGAAGAUACCGAGGACCAUGGGACAGGUCACACGCAGGAAGACCCCAAGGCGCCAGACAGCCCCCCAAAGCCGGGCCUCCAAGCCCACAACAGAGCACCCGCAGCGCACUGUCCUCCCAAACGCACACCCUUUACCUGGUUCGACAUGAUCAUUGAUCUCGACCAUCCCGAACCCCUCGGACCUGCUGGAUACUUCCCGGGCUCUUCAACGAUGCCUGACUUGCCGCCUUUGGGUCCACGGACCAGCGUUCAUGUGUUAUAG